AUGUUCCAACCCGUGGUGAUUCACCGCCUUGGACCGCCGGAGUCCGCGGAGUCAGCCAUGGCGAGUCCCAGUCCAGAGCCUCUCGUGACCGUGCAGAUGUGCAGUCCCAGUGGCGAGGUGCUGGCCGCUGAGAAUCUCCCAGUGCAAGGUCCAGCGGCAGAGGCCAUCCGCACGGCGCUGGCGGCCGCGAAGAAGCGCGCCAAAGGCGCCUUCGUGUUUCUGCUGGGCACCCAAGUCAUCGACGACCGCGUCUCCUUGGCGGACCUGGGGCUCGCAGCCAACACCCAAGUGGAAGUCACGGUCUUGGACAGCUUACGGCCCUGCUUCGAGUGGGGCUUCUAUGCCUCUGACGGUCGCAACUCCAUCGAUGCCUCCGAGCGAAUCUUCACGCGCGGCGACCUGGCGCACCACACGGAUGGCGUGCGCGCCAAAGCGCCGCUGCCGCGCGACGCGCGGUGCUACGUGACCUUUCGGAAGCUCGGCACCCACGCCUCACUGGGCGUGGGCACCGCCGGCUGCACGUUGGGCCGGAGUGACUAUCUCCACCUUUUCGGGCUCCUCGACGAAGCGCAGUGGACGGGUGUGGCGCAGUGGGCGCACUACAUGGGGCACAAGGCAGGAUGA